GGAGAUUAAUGCGGAGCGGUGGCACUUCCUUGCAUUCCGGAAACAUGAGGGGGACAACAUAGAUGUUUACACCUAAAUGAAAACAAUCGUAGCAAAGAAUUAGCUAGCACGCAGGCUGGCAGAUAUUGUGCGUCUUCCACAUUACGAACAUGGAUCGCAGUAGGACACGGGACAGGUCGACAAGCAGCAAACGAGGUCGGGAUAAGAAACUAGUCAAGAAAAAACGGAGACGUUCUAACUCAUCUUCGUCGUCAUCGUCUAGCAGCAACAGCUCUAGUCCGACUCCCCCAAAGAAAGCGUGCAAAACACGAAAAAGCCAAGGUACGUACGGUCAAUAUAAAAAAAGGAAGGCUUCUUCAUCGUCUUCCAGUUCGUCUUCCUCGUCUUCCUCCUCGUCAAGUGACGAAAAGUCAAAGAAGAAGAAAAGGAAAGCCAAGAAAAAGAAGUUGAAGAAGAAGAAAGCUAAAGAGAGGAAAGAGAGGAAGAAAGCACUGAAGAAGGAGAAAAAACUGGCCGAGAACUUAAAGAAACUGGAGGAAAAGGUUAACGCGAGCGUCAAACCCAUCCAACCGCCACUAGACAUCCUGCCCUGUUUGGAUACAUGGUUAAGUGAUGACGGCACAGAAGAGCAUGGCCCAGUGAUGACCGAUGAGCAGAAGGCUAGACUUUCUACCAAGAGGCCCAUAACCAAAGAGGAAUACGACGCCAGGCAGAGUAUCAUCCGCAGGGUGGUUGACCCAGAAUCCGGACUCACCAGGCUGGUGAGGGGAGAAGGAGAGAUCAUCGAAGAGAUCGUCAGUCGAGACAAACAGAAAGACAUCAAUAAGCAAGCCACCAAGGGAGACGGUAAAGCCUUCCAGAAGAAACUAGGAAUGAAGAAGUAGUCGGAGUCCCUUGUUGUGUGCCUGAGCUUCGGCUGGGAAGAGACUUCUGUGACCAGCUCAAGCCUGGCCAGGGGAGGAUUAGCAUUUUCACGGCUGUAGGUACACUGCCAGUCACAUAAUAGUUGUGUCUGCAUGUGCCACGUAGUUCUUCAUAAUUAUCAUUCCGUUUGACUUGUAAGUACAACGUUUUUUAGUCAUCUGUGCUGAGGAAAAGUAUUUUUUAAUUUUUAGGAGAUUAAAUGGUUUUAUCACAA